AUGCCAGGCAUCAUGAGAAGGCCAAACCUCCCACAGAAAAGACCCUUCUGCACAUUUUGCAAGAAAGAAGGCCAUACAGAGGACACUUGUUAUCAAAAACAUGGUUGGCCACCUGAUUUUGGUACUAGAACUCCUUCUUCUAUUCCUCCUUGGGUGGUUGAAUGCGCAUUUUGCAAGAAACAUGGACACACAGUUGAUAUAUGCUUCAGAAAGAAUGGUUUUCCCCUUGACUUUGCAUCCAGAACAUCCACCUCAAGUUAUGGCAGAGGUAGAGGAAGGGGUUAUGCUAACACUGCUAGUUCUCCUCAGCAGGAAGAUGAGAUCAAACUCACCAGAUCUGAGUAUGAAAAGUUAAUGAAUCUCAUGUCUUCUCAAAAGGGCCAAUCUUCUCAUGCUGCUGCUGCCUUUGUCACCAACAGAGGAUCUGAUGCAGAUGAGAGUGACUGGUUCUGCUAG